CCAAUGGCGGUCGUCUACGAAGUCGUCGUCACGUGCGAGCCCGCGGUCGCGGACCGCUUGGCCGAGUACAUGACGGAGCGCCACUUGCCGCAGAUCCUCGCGACGGGCUGCUUUGCGUUCAUCGAGUUUGAGCAGAGCACACUGCACAGCUACCGCACGCGGUACCUCGCCGACUCGCAGCUCGACCUGGACCGGUACUUUGCCGAGCACACGGCGACGCUGCGCGACGACUUUGCCAAGCAUUUUCCGUCCGGCAUCACGUCCGUCGAGCGCGUCAACUGGAACGUUCUGCGCACGUACCGCCGCGAGGUCGAGUCCGCGUCGUCCACGUGACGUUACCGGUAUGCACACCUUCCAUGCGAUGAUAGCCUAGUGCACCUUGGGG